GGUGGGGGCGUGGCCAUCACCGCGGCACGUGACCGGACCAGCCCCGCCCACGAGCGCUGGCAGCGCUGCCGUACCUGUGCCCGUUUGUGGAUGGAUCAGGAUGUGCAGGGCGAAAGGCCGGGCGAGGGCGUGUUUCGUACUGCCUGUUGCCGCCUGAGUAAAAGUUAGCGGUGAUGCCAGAGGGGCAUCUGCAUUCCUUUUGGAGAUUCUCAGUGAUCCAACCUCAGGGAAAUAAGGAACAGGUAAAAUUGUGUAUUUCCUCAGUGUGGCGUCAGCUGCUGAGCCCAACCAGGACAUGCAGACUCGGGCGGUGCAGCAUGGUUUUGAUUGGGUCCGAAUCAUCAUCAAAUGGAUAUCUCAUCAGAUCAGUGCAUUGAUGGCUGCUGUUCUCAAGCGGUUGAUACUGCAAACCGUGAAAUCUGAAAAUAAUUGCAUUAGAAGAUGCUUUGGUGAACACUUGAUGCAAAAGACAGACCCAGCACAGUUGUCCCUGAUUGCUUCUGCCCCAAGACCAUCCUACCUACCUCACGCAAAAGCUUUUAGUACUGCUGAAGACACUCAGGCUGAGAGAAAAAAGACAAAAAAGAAUGAAACUAGUUUUAGUAACGUUGGAAGAAAAAUUAAGGAGCGAAUCAUUCACGUCCUUGACGAGAAGGGCAAUGAUUUGGGAAACAUGCACCGAGCCGAAGUCAUCAGGCUCAUGGAUGAGCGAGACCUGAGGCUGGUACAGAGGGACGCCCACGCUGAGCCCCCCGAGUACCAGCUCAUGACGGGCCUCCAGAUCCACAAGGAACGCCUGCGGCUCCGCGAGAUGGAAAAGGCUCAGCCCAAAGCUGGACCAAUCCUGACAAAAGAGCUGACUUUCUCUUCAAAUAUUGGACAACAUGAUUUGGACACAAAGAAUAAACAGAUUCAGCAGUGGAUUGAGAAAAAAUACCAAGUUCAAAUUACUAUAAAGAAGGGGAAAAAUGCAGAUGAGCCAGAAAACAAAACGGAGGAGCUAUUUAAUCAAAUACUCCAGACAAUGCCUGGAAUAGCCACCUUCAAAUCCAAGCCACAAGCUGUUAAAGGAGGAAAAGCUGUAAUGUGUGUUCUUCGUCAUUUGAGCAAAAAGGAAGAGAAUACAUAUAAAGAAUCUCAAGGGACCCAGAAAAGAGACACUUUGCACAAAGAAAGUAGAAGUGAAAAGGAAUCAAAUGAUCCACAUCAGUGACUAAUAAAGAAAAUAUGCUUGGUGUGAAAAUAA